GAGAUGUAUCAGACCUUCCAAGGAUGGGCCAUAAAAAAUUAUGGAGACUCCGGCAAGACGAAGACGGUCACCCGCAAUAAGUACCACAGGAUCGUCCGAAUACUUACAGGAGAGGAACAGUUUUCAGCGGAGAACUCAAAGUUUAGGUUCUGGGUCAAGGCUAAAGGCUUUCGUCUGUCUUCGGACGAGGAA